AUGGACCAGCCCCCUCCUUUGGGAGAGGACAUGGUCCCCAGGUACCUUGUCCUAGGUGCCAUCGGGACAGGUACCUUUUCCGAUGUGAUGCUGGUCCGGCAUGUCCGCAGUGACAGGCACUACGUUGUCAAGAUGAGCAAGCCUGGAAGGUCAACACUGGCGGUGGCGCGCUGGGAGAAGACGAUCAUGAGAGGUUUGGAGCAUCCCAAUGUUAUGAGGGUGCUGGACAGCAUUGAGAGGCGAGGCAGGGUAUGUUUGACCAUGCCCUAUGUGAGCGGGGGAGACCUGCGGCUCUACCUGAGUAACAACGCACCGGUGGGGGAGGAGGAGGCCAGAAGAAUCUUUCUGCAGCUGACCUCGGCAAUGCAUUAUUGCCAUCACAAGGGCGUGGCGCAUAGGGAUUUGAAGCCUGAAAACAUCUUGAUGGACAGUGAUAGGGGCAAGGUCAUCGUCACCGAUUUCGGAAUGGGACAUUACUUUCUCGAAAAACCAAUGAGAGGCCUGUGUGGAACUCCUGGGUACAUAGCACCCGAGGUAUACCUGGGGCACAACUAUGGACCCGGGGUGGAUUUAUGGGGCCUGGGAGUAAUACUCCACGAAAUGCUUAAGGGUCACCGGCCAGGAUGCGGGCCAUUUGAAGAAAAGAGUAACACCCUCUCCUCCCAAGUCCAGCACCUACUGGAGGGUUUGCUACAGAGCAGCCCAAGGCGGCGAAUGGGGUGGACCCAGAUCUUGUGUCACCCCUGGGUGACCCAGGGCUCCGGGCCAACAGGGGCUCACCUGGAACCCGAGCCCGCUGAUGAGCCCACCGCGUCCAGCAUGCCCUUCGUCGCCUUGUGGCAAAACCGUGAUUCUGCACCACCAGCCCCAGCCUCGGAGGCCAAAGCCCAAGCCCGGGAGCUUGGCAGCCCCUACAGGAGAUGGAGCAUGCCAAAGUUAGGCAACUGGCACCUUGCCUCCACACCCAUCUCCGACCUUGCCCCCCCGCCGGGGAGUCCCAACAUUGGGUCCACUGCCCUCACUGCUGGCUCUGUCGUCCCCUCCUCCGAAGAUGUCCCCCGCUCCAGCCAAGGCCCAGCAGCCAGCCACACCUCGCCCUCCACCUGGAUCCCAGUGCGCCACGGUAAAGGCCGAAGGCUGCUCAACGGCUUGCUACAUCUCUGCUGUUUCUGCUGCUCUGGACCCUCCCGAACAGGCAGGAGGGCCCGGGUCCAGCCGGCCAGCAUUUGA